AUGUCUUACGUUGACUCCAGUGCUACCUUUAGGCAGAGGUGCUUGGCCAUUGAACUGCCUGCCGACGUCAUCCAGGUCCUUUCGGAUCGGGGCUGGGCAACCUUUGCCAAUUUUGCUCAUGCUCCUAAGGUUAUGCCCGGACAACAAGGGGCCGAAGCAGCGCUACAGGUUGUGCUCGAUUCCGUCUUAGGAGCUCAGUUCGGGGCCCAUGAAGCGGCCUUGCGUCGCCUGCACUGGGAGAGUUGGACUCUCACGGCUGCGGACCUGAAAAAGAAGCUGGACUCUGCUGAGGAUGUGGCCCCCCGCAAGUUGCCUGUUGCUGAGAUCGGUGCCCGACUCACAAUCCUGGCCCCUAAGUUGUCCCCUCUGAAGUUGCAGGGUGUGUUGGAACCUUCCCAUGCUGCCAUCAACAUCUUUGCCCAAAUGCUUGAUGAGAAUCGUCUGCGGUAUGUUGAGUGGCACAAGCUUACUACUCGCACCCAGGAGGUCAACAGCACGACUGAGGAUCCGAUGCUGAAAGCUUGGAAGCCUGAUAAGAAUGGUGUUGUGCGUGAGGCCCAUGAGUCCUUGAUCCUCCAUCUCUUUGAUGCUUAUCAAAGCACUCCGCCGGAGGGCUACCAAAGGGUUAACAUGGCCCAAGUCGCAGCUUGUGAUCGUGAGAUCCACCUUCGCUUGUCGGAAGAGUGUCGUGACGGUUUCUCUCCAGGGGCUGAUGGUUCCCUGCCCCUGGAUCGCUUCGUGGCCCCCGUACUUCGCAUGAGAUCCGUUGAGCAACUCUUGCUUCCCAGGGAAGGACAUCCGCGUGCUGGGUCCACUCCCGGCGGAGGAUCUGGUCGCAAGCGGAAGCGCAACCGGAGCCAGCCGGCCGCCACCCCCGCCCUGGGGCCUCCGGUGCUCGGCUGUUUUGGCCGUGCUGCUCUCAGUGACCAGUGCACUUUUGCUUCCGUGUUCUCUCGGCAUCCAGCCGAGCUUUUUGCCGAACAAAUGCUGUCUAUUGACGAUUUUUCCAAUGAUGCAAUCUCUAGCCUUUGCGAGUUGCUCCCGCAUGAAGCUUCUAGCCGACAGUCUGCCACAGGCAGUGCUUUCGGCACGGGCUGUUGGAUCCAGGGGUCUCGAUGGGGGUUGCGUCGCAAUAACCGAUUGUUUCCGUUUGUGACGCGUGUCCUUAACGCGGUGGUGCGCCAGACGGCCUCCGAUCAUGUCUGGACUUCCGUGGUGGUCUUUUUCAAUGUUCAGACUGCCAAACAUCGCGAUGCCAACAACGGGCCGGAGCCCAACUUGCUUGUACCUGUUGGCACCUUCUCGGGUGGUCAGGUUUUCGUCCUUGAUGGUACGGGCCAGGAUUCUGCGGUGUUUGAUGGCGUUGAGUACAAGGGCCGACUGCUGGAUCCCUUCUGUCAGCCGUGCUUUCUGCCUGCCCGUGACUUUGAGCAUUUCACCUUACCGUGGGCGGGACAUCGGGUGAUGAUUGUGGCUUUCUCCAUUGCCCCUUCCGGGGUGCUGGGCAUGGAGGAUGCCAGGCAGUUAUCCUGCCUUGGCUUCGAGUUGCCUGCUCGCUUGCUUCGGGAGACUGGAGUGCCUGCUCCUGUGGCAGAUGUGUCUAAUCCCUUGGGCCCUGUGGCGCUUGAGUUAUUUGCCGACCCGCCACUGGUCACAGCUGCCUUGCGAGCUAGGCACGUGCACGCGGUUGCUUUUCAUCAUCGGCCUCGUGGAGGGCGUGUCCCGGUCUGUCGCCUUGACCCCAAGGUCGCCCUGCAGGCUGACCUGCUCUUGGAUCGCCUCUCGCGCCGCCAAGCUGCUCUGCUGUUUGCCAUUGUGCUCCCACUGGGAGGCAAGUCCGAUGACCUGGGAACCUUUGUGCUACGGGCCAUCCGUGCAUGCUUGCAGGUCCGGCUGCCCUUCUGUGUUGGAAUGCCUUCUCGGAGUCGGCGUUGGGCGUCGUCGGAGUGGCUGCACCUCCGUGCCUGCUGUGGCUGCUUUGAGGUGGACCUGUGUAUGUGGGGCGCGGAACGCGUGUUGUCUGUGACCUUUCUGCACAAUGUGCCGGCCUUCGCGUCUUUGUCACGCCGCUGUGAUAACUCCCAUACUCACUUGCCUUGGUCGCGGGAUGCACCGCCUGCUCAAGUGACUCGAUUCCUGCCCUCUGGGUUCUGUGAUGCGUUUGCUGAGGUCGCCCUGCCCUUUUUGCAUUCCGCGAUCGCUGACUUGCCUCUGCGCGUCGCCAGUGCAGCCACUGAAGGUUCCUUUCGCCCUAGCAAAUUCCCGCCCUUAGUGCCGGAAUUUCGAGCUGUCUACCGGAUUCGUGUGCCCUCGCCGGUUGAGUUGCCCGCGAAAGUGCCCCCUGACGGGUUGCCUGGCUUUCCUCAUGUUGCCUCGGGUUCGGUCCUGCUUUCCGGGGGCCGAGCCCUUUCUGCCGCUGUUCAUCAGUUGCGAGGGGGGGAAGCGCCCGAACAGCAAAGGGAGGAACUGCAGCAACCAGAUGUGUUAUGCCCAGGAGAGCAUUCAGCUAUGGUUGAACCAAGCCGGGUCGUGUAUUAUGCUUUGCCCUGGAACGUGCAAGGGUUUGUGGACGCUGCGCUUCAGUGUAAACAUCCUUGUGACACCUUUGCGUGCAGUGACACUGCCAUCAAAGAAACUGUUGACUGGAUUGCAUCUUCUUCACCCAGUGAGGUUUGUGCGUUUAGAGCUGGCCAACUUAAGCGCUUUCUCCACUUGGCUUCCGGGUUGGCUAAGGAAGAGAAGGCCCUUCAUGCCUCUCUGCAUCCAGAGGUGCGAGCGGUGCUAAGGGGGAAGAGAGUACUCCUCUUUCAGGCUUUGCUCCAUGAGGCGGGGAUACAAGAUAAGCACUUAGUGAAGGAGAUGCUUAACGGAUUCAGCCUCGUUGGGGAGGUCCCAGCCUCGGGCCAAUUCCCACCUCUGUACACUCCUGCAUCCAUUUCGCCAGAAGAGCUGCGUCUGCUUGCGCCCUGGGUGCGCGGUAGGCUGAACGCUCAACGAGGUGGCCGUGAUGUGCAGGUGGAGCAAUCGGUAGCAGAUGAAGCAAGUCUGCAAGCCUCGGAUGGCUCUGGUUGGUUGCUAGGGCCCUUCUCGGAGGAGGAACUUGAUCGAUUCUUUCCUGAUGGUUGGGUGCCAUCCCGGAGGUUUGGCAUUGAUCAGGGGAGGAAAGUCCGAGGUAUUGACGACCUCAGUGCCUCGAUGGUUAACUCUUCUUGUGGAACCAAUGAUAAGCUCACUCUUCAAGAUAUCGACGUCAUCGUUGAUAUUGCCCGUGCGUUUGGUCAUGCAGUUGCCCGUUUUGCGCCAACCUCCCUGCAAGGGAUUUCGGGCCGGGCGAUGGAUUUGAAGAGUGCUUAUAAGCAACUUGCGAUUGACCCUGCUCAUGGAUGGGCAGCCAUCCUGGCUGUGUGGAACCCGAAGCUAGAAAGAUUUGAGUACUACAGAUUCACGACACUGCCUUUUGGCUCCAUUCACGCGGUUGGAGCCUUCAACAGAGUGGCGAAAGGUGUAAGGCAGAUCCUGGUCAAAGUCUUCCGAUUAGUGGUGUCCAACUUUUACGAUGACUUUUGUCAUCUGGAGCUGGACUGUUUGGUGGAGACGUCGCAUGAGCUUGCUUUGGCUGUGAUGCAGUUGCUUGGGUGGUCUGUGGCGAAUGAUGAACACAAAGCACUUCCUUUUGCAAAGCUCUUUACCAUUCUUGGAGUACAGCUUGAUUUGAAUGAAGCGUGUCGUGGCCUUCUUCGCGUAGCGAACAAGGAGGGUCGAGUUGCCGCCAUUCUGGAGUUGGUGGAAAAGAUCUGCCAGGAGGGCACCCUUCAUCCAGGGCUCCUGGCCAAGCUCCGAGGCAGGAUGAUGUAUGCCUCUUCACACACGUUUGGGAGAGUGGCAGUGCUGGCAACCAGGGUGCUCUCACGCAAGCUGGCGAUUGGUGGUCCCGUAAAACUGACUCGGAAGGAGAUUGAUGUCAUCCGGGGUGCUGCGGACCUACUAGCUCGCUCAGAAGCCCGUGAAGUGUGUUUCCUUCAACCAGAGUGCCCGGUGUUGGUCUUCACAGAUGGCGCGUGCGAAUCCAAGAGUCUCUUGACUACGCAUGGUGCAGUACUCAUUGAUCCCCUGCAGCAAGUCAAGAAGUUUUUCGGUGAACCUGUCCCUGAACCGCUACUAGAUCGAUGGAGGCAAGGGGGAAAGACGCAGUUGGUAGGCCAAGCAGAAGCGCUGCCGGUCCUGGCUGCAAAAACUUUGUGGCGCCUCCUGCUGGUACAUCGGAAAGUGUUAUGGUUCUUGGAUAAUGAAUCUGCCAAGGCUGCAUUCGCUAGUGGCUCUUCUGCGGUGGAUGAUACCUUUGAAAUUGUGAGCCACUCCCUUGUGCUGGACCAAGAGCUCAAGGCUUACAACUGGUACUCAAGAGUGCCGUCGUGUGCAAACAUCAGUGACGCUGCCUCUAGGUUGGCCUUCGAGCAGUAUGAUGAUUCAUUCAGGCGUGAACACUUGGACUGGACGUGUGAACCUCUGGCAUCCCUCUUGGAGGGAAGGGAUGCGAUCGCCCAGCAUGUGAAAGGGUUGUAG